GAAACGUCGGCGCGUUAGUGGGUUGAUCCAUAUGAACUGGAGCAUCUUCCGUGAGAUUUUGUAAUGAUGCCUCGGCCCUACCCUUAAGUAACCAACCCAGCUGCCGUUAAUAGGUGAUCACUCCAAGAUUUCGCAAAGGUAAGACGUGUAAAGAGGCUGUGGACAUGCACCGGAUGUUUUUUAUUCCACUUUUUUUGGAACACUCGAUACCACUUGUUUGGAGGAUAGAUAUGCGUUAAGUUUCCCAUGCACCCACAUUGAGCUUCUUUGGUUUCUUCAGCUUAUUAAUGCUGGGACUUCAUCAUGCAAAGUGAUUUUUGAGGCUUUUUAGUAGAGCAUUGACCUGUGUGGAGAUGCCAUCGCUCAGUAGGAGAUAAGUGGUUUUCAGAUCAUUUUAGGACUGCAGAUUAUUAACAGUGCGCACUUGAACUGAGCACAGGAGCGCAUGGGGAUAGAUGCACUUGUUUACCUCCAGAACAAUACAACACUCAGGCUUCACAGCUCCCACUCUUAUCUAUUGUCUGCUGUGUUAUCUCCAUGUUCUCUGUCUGAUCCAUAAACACAUCCAAGAGUUUCCAAGAUGAAUUUCGACCAGAUCCUCUCUGCCAUCGGUGGAUUCGGCAAAUAUCAGAAAAUCCUCUACAUAUGGAUUUGUUUACCCCAGAUCCUGCUCGCCUUCCACAUGAUGGUGAGCAUCUUCACCGGAGCCACUCCACCGCAUCUCUGCAGGGAGAACCUGCAGAGCCCAGCAGCCGGGAACAGGUCUUCUGUCCCCGGUGGACCCCAUCUGAACUUCAGCCUCUCCGACUCCUCGUGUUUCCUGAUGGAUGAUGGGAUGCAGGACAACCGGACUGAGCGCGUGCCAUGUGGCCACGGAUGGGUCUACAGCCACGAGACCUUCCACAGCACCACGGUCACGGAGUGGGACCUGGUCUGUGACAGAGCAGGACUGAACAGCCUUGGGUCGUCCAUCUACAUGUUUGGUCUUUUAGUGGGAUCUGUGGUGUUUGGAGCCAUGGCUGACAGGUACGGCCGACGAUUCAUCUUGCUGCUGUCCAUCGCUCUUCAGACUGUGUUCGGAGUCGCUGUGGCCUUUGCGCCCAACUUCCCCGUCUAUGUGAUCCUUCGCUUUGUGGUUGGCACAACAAUAUCAGGAGUCAUUAUAAAUGCUUUUGUACUUGGUACUGAAUGGACGUGCACUAAGAGACGCAUGCUGGCUGGCAUCAUCACUGACUAUGCCUUUGGCCUUGGCUACAUGCUGCUAGCGGGCAUAGCUUAUCUAAUACGAGACUGGAGACAGUUGCAACUGGCGAUAUCAGCCCCGGGCUUCCUGCUCAUUUUUUAUAUAUGGGUUGUUCCUCAGUCCGCCAGGUGGUUGUUGGCCAAUGACAGGAGAGAAGAAGCCAUUGCACUUCUUCGCAAGGCUGCUCUUGUAAAUGGACGGGUGUUACCACCCGCUGUACAGGUGGAAAAGUGUGAAAUUUUAGGUGAUGGGAAGCAGAGUCACUCAGCAGUGGAUCUUGUACGGACCCCUCAGAUGAGGAAGAGGGCCUUCAUCUUGUUCUAUAUUUGGUUUGUCAACGUGCUAGUGUACUAUGGCCUCUCACUGGGUGUGUCCAGGUUAGGGACAAACCUCUACCUCAGCCAGUUUGUGUUCGGGUUAGUGGAGAUUCCGGCUCGUUCUCUGGUUCUGCUUGUCCUCCCAUGUAGCCGUCGACUCUCACAAAGUGGGUUCCUGGCUGUUGGAGGUCUGGCCUGUCUCUUCAUGCUUGUCGUCCCUGCAGAUCAUCCCAGCGUACUGACUGGUCUUGCCAUGGCAGGAAAGUUUGGUAUAACGGCUUCCUUUGCUGUGAUCUAUGUGUACACAGCUGAGAUAUUCCCUACUGUACUACGGCAAACAGGCAUAGGUGUAUCCUGUAUGUUUGCAAGGAUGGGAGGGGUUUUAGCACCCAUUAUCAACAUGCUUCAUAACCACAGCCCUAUUACGCCCCUCAUCAUCUUCGGCACCUCCCCAUUGCUUGGUGCUGUCCUCGCCCUGGCACUACCCGAAACUGCUGACAGACCUCUUCCUGACACAGUGGAGGAUGUGGAAAACUGGGACAUGAGGUCACCUCCUGUCAAGGAAAAAGCUGAAAUGUCUGAGGAUGUUGGCCACUCAGGAAACCGCACAGAAGAGCAGGAGUUUGCACCUCACAGGACAGAUCUGACAGUAUAUUAAUACACACGUUCCAUUAUUCACACUUUACAAAGCCAUGGGUUGUACAGCAGAAACAGCACUAGAAACAUAUCAUCCUCUAUGCAGUAACAUGUUACAGAUCUCAUCAUGAUCUCUAUGCAAAAAGAUUAAACUAAUGCAUUUACACACAUCUGCACAAAGCAGGCAUUCACUUCUGCUGCCAAGGCGAGUCAAUAGCUUUACUGUAUGUUCUGCCAAAUGCAGGUAAAAACCUCUUCAAGUCAGGAAUAGUCAUCUUUAACGAUCUUGAGUUAAACCCACAGUCUCAAAACAUUCAUUUGUGCUAAAUUGAAGAAUCAGGUUAAACCAGAAUGUAGACUGCGGAUCAGCUAUUUUUUCGGACUGUAUAUUUUUCAAGACUGAAGGAUUUCUUACUUGUGUGCAUUUAACUAAAGUGCAUAAUAGUAUUUUUGUAUAAAAAUGUACCAUGUUGAUUAUUUGUGGAAGAUUAUUGUAUGUUAAUGCUGUAUUCAAUAAGAAACUGCCUUGUUUUCUAUUUUAGGUUUUCAUAAUCAGCCUUUUUAAGGAUUGCAUGUCAUAGGUACCUUCAGUAAGCCUCAUGUAGCGUUUAGUUUGAACGUAUUUUAGUAAACUUGUUUUGUAUGGGAAACAUGGGAUGCAAUUGUAUCGGUAUAUAGAUAUUUCUUAGCAUUUGCAGCCUGUUUUUAUUUAGAUUUUAUUCAUAUCUAUAAAUGUCCAGUAUACUUUUUACAAUGUCCAAGGGCUUUAUGUAUACUUGAAUAAGUGAUACAUUAAGAGCAAAACUAAAAGCAUGAAUCAGACCUAUAGGUCAUUUGAUGUCCUAGUUUGGGGGGGUACUUUAAAAAUUGAUAGUUCGACUGAAAAAAAACAGUUUGAGGCCAGUAUGUUUAUGUGUAAAGAGUAAAAGUUGCAUGUACUCAGAGAGCAUGCACUACUGCUGUCCGAAGCAUGAGGUUAAAAUAGGUCAACUUGAAAUGAAGCCAGCAAAUGUAAAACAUUACAGCCUUUAUUGCAUUGAUUCCAGCCCAGUGCAUUUGAAUGCAUCACAUGAUAAAAGUACAAGAACAAAUGAAAAUGUGAAGACCAAUGUACUUUAGACAACUUAUGUGAAGGCACUGUGCCUGUGUGCGACCAGCAAUAAAACUUGUUAAAAUCCA